GGUCUCCCGCCGCUCGUCCGUCUGGUUUAGGUUGAUCGACCUUGAAAAACAGCUUGCCCAGAGCUACUACUAUUUUAUAUUUUUCUCUUCAAUGUUGUGGUUUUCUCUAAACUAGAGCGGGCCGGUGGGCUUUUAAAUGUACCUGGCGCUUUCUCUUAAUCUUCAAAAUUUCUCCACUAUCGCCGCUAUCGGUCCUCGAACUUCUCAUCUUUAAUUCUUCCACACAUCGUGCCAGCAUUUUUCAUUCGGAGAGUCUCUGAAGAUCUUUUCAUCACCUUUUGAAGCAAAAUGACGUUUCGAGCGAGGUCGGAACUGGUUCAGCUGUGGGGCGGCUGGAAGUCGAUAUUCAGCUCUUUGGCUUCGAUCACGGCAGUCGGCUGGAUAAUCAACAAAUUUCUGCAAAUGCGCCAAAAAACCCAAUGCAUCAGGCAACUACAGAAUAAGGUUGUUCUUAUAACUGGAGCCAGUUCAGGAAUAGGAGAGGCCCUGGCCCAUGCAUUCUACCGAGCAGGCUGUCAGGUCGUUUUGGCAGCCCGGAGGGAGGAUGAGUUGCAAAGGGUUCGCGAAGACCUCAUCCACAGCCAUGAGACUGGCCCAACACAUUUGCCUGUGAUUCUUCCCCUUGACGUUUCGGAAUUGAACGAAAUUCCUUCAAAAAUGGAGUCGUUGCUAGCCAUCCACAAAAAGGUGGACAUUUUACUUAGUUGUGCCGGCAUUGGCAGCAGGAGCAGUGUGAUGGACUGCUCGGUUGACAUCGACAUCCGGGUGAUGCUGAUAAACUACUUCGGACACGUUGCUUUGACCAAAGCACUUCUUCCUCACAUGAUCAAAGAACAAAGUGGGCACAUUGUUGCUGUGAGCAGCAUUCAAGGAAGAAUCGCUCUUCCGAACAGGGCGGCUUACUCUGCAUCAAAACACGCAAUGCAAGCUUUCAGCGAUUCUCUAAGGGCAGAGGUUUCCGACAAAGGCAUCAAAGUCACUGUAGUCAGCCCAGGCUACGUUAAAACAAAUAUUUCAAUGAACGCUCUCAACGCCCAGGGACAAGCUUGCCAAGUGAUGGAUGAAAAUAUUGCCAAGGGCAUGUCAAGCGAGUACGUCGCUGACAGGAUAUUAGAAGCAGUGGCGCUCGGCACCAAAGAAGUUGAAAUUGCGCCGCUGCUGCACCGACUCGCCAUCGUCCUGCGCGUCCUGGCGCCCGAUCUGUUUGCCUACAUCAUGAAGAAGAGGGCCUGAUAGUCAAAUUUAUAUACUUUAAAUCAAAAAAGGACCAUGUAAUUAAUUAGCUAAGUCAUAUUGUGCACCCGAAAGGUGUUAAAACGUCAAACUUGAUCUACAUUUAUUUGUUUAAUCAAAAUUUAUUUGAAAUAGAACAUAUUUUGUUCUCUAAAAAUAGCAAAAAUCGAAUAU